AUAAUGGGGGAAUUUGAUUCUCAUGUGUUGGAGAUGGAUGGAGAUGUUAUUCUUGGAGGGCUCUUCCCCCUGCAUUACGUAGCACCAAAACCUGAUCAAGUUUUUACAGACCAACCACAGGUUCAGAGGUGUAGUGGGUUUGAUCUGAGGGCUUUUCGCUGGGUCCAGACUAUGGUGUUUGCCAUUGAGGAGAUAAACAGGAACCCCAGGCUUUUGCCAGGUGUGAAACUGGGUUAUCGGAUUCUGGACAGCUGUGAUCAUGUCCACACUAGUCUACAGAGUGCAUUCUCUCUGAUGAAUGGAUCUUCUCUUCCUCAGACAGAGGGCUCUGCAGCCAGAAGCCUUCCUUGCCUUUCUAAAGCUCCUGUUCCUGCAAUCAUAGGCCUGGCAUCAUCUACACCAACCCGAGCUGUAGCCCACACAUUUGGGCCUUUUGAGAUCCCUAUGAUCAGCUACUUUGCAACCUGCACAUGUCUGACUGAUAAGCACGUGUACCCGACCUUCCUCCGCACUGUUCCUAGUGAUGUUUUCCAGGUGCAGGCUCUGGUGCAGUUGAUGGCCCAUUUUGGCUGGCUCUGGGUGGGCACAAUUGGCACAGAGGAUGACUAUAGUCGCUAUGGAAUCCAAGCCUUUACUGAGCAGCUGGAAGAAUGGGGUGGUUGUGUGGCUUUUCACCACACCAUCCCCAAAGUGCCCACCCUAAAACAGAUCAGUGCUAUUACUGAUGCCCUGGAGGCCUCCGUGGCCCGAGUGAUUGUGGUAUUUGCCACAGAAGGUCAACUUCUAGAGCUGCUAUCAGAGGUGGCACGGAGAAACUUGACAGGCUGGCAGUGGGUGGCCAGUGAAGCCUGGGUAACUGCCAGUAUUCUUACAGCCCCAGUGUUUCAGCAAGUGUUAACUGGGACCCUGGGAUUUUCCUUUAGGGGUGCAAAUAUCUCUGGGCUGGCUGAGUUUCUUCUGAGAGUACGGCCCUCGGAUAACCCAGGAUCAGUCUUCACUAACAUGUUCUGGGAAGAACAGUUCAACUGCCGGCUGGAUAAUGCCAGCAGUGAGGGAUUGGACAGGCCACUCUGUACUGGUUUGGAGAAUCUUGAGCAAAUUGAAAGCAGCUACACAAGUGUAACUCCGGUGCGGGUUUCCUAUAAUGUGUAUAAGGCAGUGUAUGCCAUUUCUCAUGCUCUACACCAGCUACUACAGUGCACAUCUAUAGCACAAGACUCAGACAAACGAAGCUGUAACACUGGGGUAGAAUUUACACCUGGACAGUUGCUUUAUCAUCUGAGGAGAGUGAACUUCACAAACCAGUUUGGAGAAAAGGUGUAUUUUGAUGAAAAUGGUGAGCCAGUACCUCUCUAUGACAUCAUAAACUGGCAGAAAGAUGGCCGAGGUGGAAUCAGGUUUCAGAGUGUGGGCAGCUAUGAUGGUUCAGCUCCCCACUGGCAGCAGCUCAAGAUAAACAUGGACUUGAUAGAGUGGACCGGAGGGCAGAGCCAGGUGCCUUUGUCUCUUUGUACACCCCCCUGUCCUCCUGGCACUCGACAGGCCACACGACCAGGCCAACCCAUCUGCUGUUUUGACUGUCUGCCUUGCACCGAGGGAGAGUUCACCAAUACAACAGGUGCCACAGAAUGUAUCCGGUGUCCUCUCUACUACUGGUCCAAUGCUGAACGUGUGGCUUGUGUGGAAGGCAUAGAGGAAUUUAUUUCCUUUCAGGAGAUCAUGGGCAUCAUCCUUGUAACCCUGUCCCUCCUGGGAGUUGCGGCAGCAACUGCUGUGUCUAUCAUUUUCUUCCUCUUCAGAUCUACACCUAUAGUCAAAGCCAACAAUUCAGAGCUGAGUUUCCUGCUUUUGUUGUCACUGAAACUCUGCUUUCUCUGUUCGCUGGUGUUUCUGGGCCGACCUUCAAUGUGGUCCUGCCAGGCUCGGCAGGCAGCCUUUGGCAUCAGUUUUGUCCUUUGCAUCUCCUGCAUUCUGGUCAAAACCAUUGUGGUGCUUCUGGCUUUCCACUCCACCAUGCCUGGCUCCAGUUCCCUCAAACGAUUUGGCCCUCCUCAGCAAAGAGCAUUAAUUGUCAGUUGCACUGCAGGCCAAGCCAUACUUUGCAUUAGCUGGUUGGCAUUAGCACCCCCUUACCCUUUUAAGAACACAUCAUACCAGGGUGGAAGGAUCAUACUGGAGUGUAAGGAUGUCUGGCCACUGGGUUUCUAUUUGGUGCUUGGUUAUAUUGGUCUCCUCUCCUGUGUUUGCUUCAUUCUGGCCUUUUUGGGUCGGAAACUUCCAGGUACAUUUAACGAGGCCAAGUUAAUCACGUUCAGCAUGCUGAUCUUUUUUGCUGUUUGGAUCUCAUUCAUACCUGCAUACAACAGCACCCCCGGGAAAUACACAGUAGCAGUGGAGAUAUUUGCCAUCCUGGCCUCCACUUUCGGCUUGCUCUUCUGUAUCUUUGCUCCUAAAUGUUACAUUAUUCUGCUGAGGCCUGAACUUAAUACCAAAAAAGGAGUUACUGGAAAAACAUCAAAAUGAACUAUUCAUCUUUUUCAGAUUGAAGUUUAAUCAAAAUACACUUUGUUGUGCUGUCCUAUAAGUUGAGACAAUAAUUCUAUGCCAUCAUAGAAUAUGUCUAUCACAAGCUAUACACACAAAGGAGGAGCCAUAUUGCUCUAGUAUUUCGCUGUAUACUAGACCUUUUUAAUAAUU